AACGCAUCCAGCCCGUCGACCAACGGUGUGAGUUUGAAUGAUCUUCUGCACGCCGGCCGGAGGGCCGGUCCUCCAAUCUGACUUGACCCUCCAGAUCCUGAAGUGGCGCUAUUUCCGGUACGUUUUCAACGCGGACAUCACCAAGAUGUAUCGCCAAAUUUGGGUUGACCCGAAACACACCCCUUUCCAGCGAAUAUUAUUUCGAAACAAGGAGGGACUCAUCCGCGACUAUGAACUUAAGACCGUAACCUUCGGAGUCAAUUGCGCUCCUUUUCUUGCCAUCCGAGUGUUGCAACAGCUAGCAAGCGACGUCCAGUCCAGAUUUCCGAAAGCAAGUCGCAUUAUCCGAUCAUUCAUGUAUGUCGACGAUGUCCUAGCCGGAGCGGAUUCUACCGAUGAGGCUCGACUAACGAUCCGCGAGUUGCAGGCCGCACUUAGCUCUGCAGGUUUUCCGCUGCGGAAGUGGACUUCAAACCACAAAGCUAUUCUGGCAGGAAUUCCGAGUGCUCAUCGUCUCCACACAGAUUUUCUGGAGAUGGAGGAAGAGAGCACGGCUAAGACUCUCGGGAUUCGCUGGAAAGCGACUUCAGACGAGUUUUUUUUUGUCCCUCCCGAGUUGGCGCCUGAGUCGUCAUACACCAAGCGAGCAGUUCUGUCCCAGAUCGCAAGGCUGUUCGACCCCGCGGGGUGGUUGGCCCCAUUCAUUGUUCGGUCCAAGAUCUUCAUGCAAGAAAUCUGGUUGCAGGACCUGGGAUGGGACGAUGAGCUUCCAAGCGAGAUGCGCCAGCGCUGGCAAAGUUUCCUGCGGAGAUACUCCGCUCUCGACCAAAUCCAUAUUCCAAGAUGGGUCGGCUCCCGGCCAGCGGUAAAAGUCGAACAUCAUGGGUUCUGCGAUGCAUCCGAGAGGGCUUACGGUGCCGCCAUCUACGUCCGCAUUGAGGUUGACCGUUUGGUCGAGGUGCAGCUUCUCACAGCGAAAACGCGAGUCGCACCCGUGAAAACCGUGUCGCUCCCCCGGUUAGAGCUUUGCGGGGCAGUGCUUUUGUCCGAAAUGGCGGCGGCUAUCCUGCCGAAUAUGCCAACAGCAAGUACGAGCUGCUAUUGCUGGACCGAUUCCACCAUAGUCCUCGCCUGGCUGGCAAAGCCCGCGUGUCACUGGACCACGUUCGUGGCCAACCGAGUGACUAGGAUAUCUCAAGCGACCGAUAUUGAGAAGUGGUGCCACGUUCCAUCCGAACAGAACCCCGCGGACUUAGCCAGCAGAGGCGUGCCGUUACAGGAGUUGGUGGAGAACCAACUCUGGUGGCAUGGACCAACUUGGCUGCAGAAGGGCCGAGAUCAAUGGCCGGCACCAGUUAAUAACUCCCCCGUUAUGACCUUAGAGCAGCGAACUGUAAAAGCCCAUUUCGCACUCAACCCAGCCGAAGACUUCCUCGAACGAUUCUCCAAUCUGGAGAGAGCUCUACGAGUCCGUGCAUAUAUCCUGCGCUUCACCAAGCGCUGCCGGAAGUUAGCCACCGCGCAAAAGGGCCAUCUUACGAGCGGCGAAAUUACCGAAGCUGAAAAAACUCUUAUCCUAGAGACGCAGCGUAGAGAAUACCCCGAGGAGUACCGCUGCCUAAGCGGUAAGCGGCCAACGCCAAGGUCAAGUUCUAUCCUGAACAUGAACCCUUUCCUAGACCGCCAUGGGUUGAUCAGAGCAUGCGGCCGUAUCGCAGGCUCUGAAGUGCUAAGAUACGACGAACGACAUCCGAUCAUUCUCCCAUAUAAUUGUCAAUUGUCUCGCCUUCUCGCGCAAUUUACACACCGGAUAACUCUUCAUGGCGGCAACCAAUUGAUGGUGCGCCUCAUUCGAUCAAAGUAUUGGAUUCCAAAGGUUCAAAGGCUUAUGAAGGGGGUUGUGAACUUCUGCAAGGUCUGCGUUAUUCACAAAAGAAGGUUGCAAACCCAAAUGAUGGGAGAUCUCCCAACCGAGCGGUCGUCCUUUUCCAGACCGUUUACGCAUACAGGGAUUGAUUACGCGGGUCCUUUCGAAAUACGGAACUAUACAGGGAGAGCAUGUCUGAUCACGAAGGGGUAUGUGUGCGUAUUCGUGUGUUUUUCCACAAAGGCGAUACAUUUAGAACCCACGUCCGACCUCACCACCGAAAAAUUUCUCGCCGCCUUCGCUCGUUUCGUCGCAAGGCGCGGAUGUCCACAGCGUAUCCAUUCAGAUAAUGGAAAAACCUUCGUUGGUGCAGCAACCCUGCUUUCCAGUGACUUCCUUGACGCGUUUAAGGACUCGGUGACUGAUGCGUAUAGCCAUCAGCGGGUUUCGUGGCGCUUCAUCCCACCAGGAGCUCCACAUAUGGGAGGCCUAUGGGAAGCCGGAGUGAAGAGUUUCAAAACUCUCUUCUACAAGGCCACGUCCACUCGGAGGUAUACGUUUGAAGAGCUUUCUACGCUGCUCGCGAAGAUUGAAGCGUGCCUCAAUUCCAGGCCGCUCUCACCGAUGUCCGAUGAUCCGACGGAGCUGCUAGCCCUCACUCCCGGGCACUUCCUUAUUGGGGGGCCCUUAAUGAGUACGGCCGAGCCCGAAAUAAAGGGGAACCUUAAUUCGAUCAUCAAUCGGUGGCAGCAUUUGAAGGCCCUCAACCAACAGUUCUGUCAAAGGUGGAAGGAGGAAUACCUCAAGGAGCUCCACAAACGGACUAAGUGGCAGACGCCGACGCCAAAUCUGCAGGUUGGCGAUAUGGUAGUCAUCAAGGAGGAUAACCUGCCGUCCAACGAAUGGCGGCUCGGAAGGAUAACUUCCGUGUAUCCCGGUGCCGACAACAGGGUCCGUGUGGUGGAUAUCCUUACUGCCCGCGGUACCCUCAAAAGACCGAUUGUCAAGGUCGUUCUCCUGCCAGUAGAACCCCGUAGUUCCAUCCAACAAUAACGUGAAUGUGCACUUGUCCCAUUCACAGCUCCGUACUAAUACUUCUUCGACUUCUCUAUUCCAUCCUAGUUCCA